CUCUUCUAUCAUCACUUUCGAUUAUUCCCAAUAGACUUAUGACAGCACAUUCUUUGGUAAAUAUGUGCUGCUUAUCCGCUCGUUAAUUCUGUACAUUCCCUUAUCCCGCCACUAUCUGAUACCUCUGGCCUGCCCGAGCCACCAGGCCGCGCAUCUCCUAUCCUUAAAUAAAGCUCUCCAUAAUUCGACAUGGUUUCUGGUAUCAGUAAACGACAGCAGCUGCGCAAUGAGCGUGCUCUACAAGAUCUCAUCCGGUCGGUUCCCGGCAAUGACCGGUGUGCCGACUGCUCGGCCAUGAAUCCAGGAUGGGCCAGUUGGAAUAUAGGCAUAUUCCUAUGCAUGCGAUGUGCAGCCUUGCACAGGAAGAUGGGAACGCACAUUUCGAAGGUCAAAUCGUUGAGUAUGGACAGCUGGGCCUCAGAUCAAGUCGAUAACAUGAAAUCGCGUGGAAACAUCCUCGUGAACAAGAUCUAUAACCCCAGGAACAUCCAACCGCCCGUCCCUACUGAUAUCGAUGAAUCCGAUGCAUGCAUGGAGCGGUUCAUUCGGCAAAAAUACCAAACAAGGACAUUGGAAGAUGGGAAGCCAAAGCCACCAAGCCGCCAGGACCCUAGCUAUACACGAUCGCCGGAGGGCUCACCUCCGCCGUUGCCUCCGAAACCUUCCCGGCCGUUUGGGUUCGGUCUUCGGUCUGCCUCGUCUGCUGUGAACCUCAACAGCCAUUCUGCUGGCAGCCAUGGCCCAGACUCGCCUGUUAGCGAUUCGCGUCGUUCGUCAUUUGAGUCCAAGCUCGCCAAGUUGAGGGAUAUGGGAUUUACGAAUGAGCGCAGGAAUACCACCGCCCUUCGGGAACUGGAUGGGAAUUUUGACAAGACAGUGGAGACACUCAGGAGGCUGGGAGAAGGAAGGCAAACACCACAGGUUCGGACGCCAGCUGCAUCGGGCGCAUCACUCAAUCCUUUCGAUCAGUUGGAUGCCAAACAACCCGCGCAGCUAGCACAACCGUCGCAGGUCAAUGGAACAAGCUAUAAUCCUUUCGACGUGUCUACUUCGCAACCACAGCCACUACCCCAACCCCAAUCUACCCAGUCUCUUGAGCAAUCGUUCCAGAACCUUCAAGUGGCACAGCCUCUGUUUCCGCACUCGACUGGGGGGUAUCCAAACAGGCAGAAUUCACUCCCAACAUACACCCAGCCUCUCGCGUCUCCAUUCGUACCUGCGCAAGGCGGCCUUGUUUCGUCUCCACAGCCACUCGAUAGCGGGAACAACCCUUUUUUCCAGACUGGAGGUCUAACACAGCCCAGCCUGAACACCCCUCCUCCCCAGAAUCCUUACUCAGCCCAAACAAAUCCCUUUUUCAACCAGGCCUCCGCACCCCAACAGCAAAUAACAUUCCAGAACCAGAACCCAGCGGUAACAGCAGCCGGUGGAGCUCCGUUCCCCCCGGCCCUCCAACAUGCAAACACUAUGCCAUCUCUAACCUCACCUUUUGGACAGCCUUCACCCUUCCAACAGCAGCAGCAGCAGUCGCAGCCCCAGGCCGGAUUGCCGACCGCACAACCUGGGCAGAGCCCAUUUAACCCUUACAACGCUCAACCUCCGUUCGGAUAUCAACAACCAGCUCAGCCGUUUGCUCCGCAGCCCACGGGCCGAGUUGACAAGAACAGCAUUCUUGCUUUGUACAACCUGUCUGCACGUCCUCCUGCUAUUCCGGAACAGCAGGCCGUACAGCCCCAGGCAGCGGCUGGAGGCAUACCUACUAGCCAGGGUCUGAACCCUUUGGGCCAACAAACCAAUGCUCCUCAGGCUCCUCAGACACCUGGAACGCAGAAUCCUUUUCUAGGGUUUUCAGCUGCGCCUGGAUCACAAAACUCGAUCCAGGCCACUACUCAGCCGUCUGCAUACGCUAUGAAUGCGAAUUCGGUCAAUCCGGCUGCUAAUACUGGGUUUAUACGAGCGCACAUGAGCCAGCAAAGUGUGGACAUCAAUGGGUUCCAGAAUGGACGGCAUAGCCCAGAUGCAUUUGCUAGUCUCAGCGCACGGCAGGGGCGAUAA